GGCGGCCGACGCUCAUUUAGUCUAACGCUGAAGUAGCUUUGCACCAGAAAGGAACGUUAAAAGCUCUUACUUAUAGAGGAUUGUCUUCCAAAAAUAACGCCUUUGAUCACGCGCGCUGUGAUUGGCCGGGUUUCUGAAGGCGGGUGGAGAAUGUCGCCGGGUUCGAUGAUGAAAUAGAGGACGAAAAUGCCCCCUCUCGGAAGGUUGAUUGAGAAGGUCACGUCGCCAAUGGAAAUCGCUACGUUGAUUCAAAAGCUCUCUGAACUUUAUAUAAAUGAGUUGAUAUGAUGAGUUUUGAAAAUGCUGUUGAUAUCGACGUGUUCACCAGAAGAAGUGGGCGUAAACAGCAUUUAGAUUUCCUGCUGGGGAUCGUGUGAGAUUCGAGAAACAAGUCAGCUAUGAAGGCGGACAGCAUCACAAACUUUUCUACCUAAAUUAAAUAAACAAAAGACCGUAUGAAGCGAUGACUUUCUUUGCAGCGUCCGCUCGAUGACGCCAUCGUGGGCGCAUGUUGGGACAUUCUGGAGUGUCAACAGUGGGGGCGCUGGCGUGCCGCGAGUCACUAAACUGCCACUAACGAGACGUCCGAGAAGAAGAUGACGUUCAACUAUUUUGCAUUUUAGCGCGACGCCACUCUGAAACGACCCGUAUUGUAGCUGUAAAUCGCGCUGUAGCGACUGCAGUUGCUUGCCUUUUCGCCGUCAUGUCUGUGGCGACCUUGAGCACAUCGACCAGCAAACUGAAUGUAUUAGUAAACAAGCUGCACGAAUACCUGGCUCACUCUUCAAACGACGACGACAAUGCAGCGAUGCUCAAUGCCCGAGAUUACAAAAGCAGAGAUGCUUCCAGAGAAAACAGUGUGUCUGAGGCGGGUGUGGAUGGAAAAAAUUCCAGAAGAAAACCUUCACUCGUUGUAAAGCACUCUGGCCUGGAUGAGUCUGGGGACUCCAACGAUAGUGAAGAUGUGGUUUUUCCUUUCAGUGCCAAUGGUCAUUUCGACGUCACCAACUUACCAAAAGGCACAGCUGUGGUUCGACCAGAACCUGCUGAUAACGGAAGAGAUGAAUUCAGGGGACCAGAGUUCCGCAGCAGGAAGCCCGGCGGGAUUCGGAAUGAAUUACCAAAAAAGCGGGGAGGCGGCGAACAUACAGAGAUUGUCAGCUGCACUGCCUGCGGUCGUCAAGUGAACCAUUACCAGAGAGAUUCUUUCUACAGACAUCCGGCUCUAAAGGUUCUUAUUUGCAAGUCCUGCUACAAGUAUUAUUCGAGUGAUGACAUCAGUAAGGAUGGGGAUGGGAUGGAUGAGCAGUGCCGGUGGUGUGCUGAAGGUGGAAACUUGAUCUGCUGCGACUACUGCAGCAAUGCCUUCUGCAAGAAAUGUAUUCUUAGAAAUCUUGGAAGGAAGGAGCUGUCCGGGAUUUUGGAAAGCAAGUGGUACUGCUACGUCUGCAGUCCAGAGCCUCUCUUCGAUCUGGUGGUUGCCUGUGACAAGGUUCUGAAGAACAUGGAGAGUCUGUGGCACCGCAAGAAGGGCCGCAUAGAUCCAGCGGGGAAGUCAGAACUCUAUGGCAUUCUGCCACACUUGUCUGGAAACAUCCCCCUGCAUAAGUCGGAUCACUCUGGUAUGGAUGGUAAUGUGGUGUUCAACUAUAGCACGCUGGAAGUUUCAAAGAAUCUGACAAAGAAAGCCAAACAUUUGGUGGAGUCAACAAACGGUGUGAGCAGGACGUUCAUUAGCUUCCUUCACUCAGUGACUAAGGUCAAGAAAACACCUGGCGUUCGUCAGCUCUACCUUAAAGCGUUUGUGUCCGUGAUGAAAGGUCUGCAGAAGUCAUUUUCUGCACUGGAGGAAGGAUUGAAGGAGGAGUUCAGCGAUCUUGAUGCAGCAAGCUGCUGGGAGAAGUUGCUGGACGAGGAGCAAAAUCCAGAGGGUGACCAAGAGAUGGACGCUGCAGAUCAGAGGUGUCUGAGUGGCUUGAACAAGUUGGCCGCUGAGCAUUUGGAAGAUGAUGAAUCGGACUCUAAAGAUGCUUGUCACACACACAAAGGCGAUCCACUGUCCAUGGUUGAUCCAGGGAGCCUGCAGAACCGUGACAUGGCUUCUGUUGACGGCGAGGUUGGCAUGAAAAAAAAGCUAGUCGUUAAGCUCACGCCGGUACCUGUGGAGCAGGACAAGCCUGUCACUGAGCCAAAGAUGGAGUCGGCCAGGAAUGAUCUGAACUUGAAGCAGGAGCACGUUUCUGGGGAGCCGAAGGACAAAGAUGUGACUAAGCUGGACAGUAAAACGGCCCAUGACAGCUCGAGUUUAUCUCUGCACCCAGAGGAGGAGCAGGGAAACAGACGCUCGCCGCGUUUGAAGACCACACCUUUGCGUCGUGCAAGUGAUGUUGUGAAGUCAGACAGUGACAGUGACUCUGACCCGGAGGAGCCCAGCAUCUCUGUUCCAGCCAACAACACUGGAGAGCAGAGCAGGGCGAGAGACGACUCUGAUUCUGAUGAGGUGCCCUCAGCCCUGCUGGAGUGUGGACCUUUGGAACACAGUUCUGAUGAUCAGCAGAGUGAAGACAACAGCAAGGCAUCGGCCAAAGUCACCAAGCAGCGUCUUUUUUGGCCCAAGAACACCCCACUCUCUCCAGAGAGGAUUUGCCACAAAAGAAAAAUGCUAGAUCGGUCACCUGACUCUGACUCCAGAUGCAAGGUUCGCAGGCCAAACUCUGUUUCCUCCAGUGAUGAUGAAGACUCGCUCAAGCAGGUGCAGCAGCUGAUGCCAAUCCGAUCCAUCGGCACACCCAAGUCUUCCAAAAAGGAAGAUGGAGGGAUGAGGAUGUCUGGGAUGAAGCCGGCCCCGAAGCCCAACACGUCUCAGGAGGUGAUCUACCUGACCACUUCCACGAGCGAGGACGAUUCCGAAGACUCCGUGAGCGAUGAAGAUGACCAGCGGAUUAUGCCUAUCACCGAAAACCUGACUUUACCGGUGGUAGCAGCUUUCCAACCAUCAUCUGACGAAGACCACUCUGGGCCUUCCUGGGUAGCUGAGGAAGAUGAUGAUGAUGAUGAUGAUGACCCUGAAAAUAGAAUCGCUAAGAAAAUGCUUUUGGCCCGAAUCAAAGCCAACUACUCCUCGGACGACGACAUCUUGUCAGAGGAGGAGGAGGAGGAAUCAAAAUCAGAAGGAGAGGGAAAAGUUAAAGUCAGGCAAGAGAAGGAUCGACAGGCAGAUGCAGAUUGGGCUCCAGUGGAGGAGGAGGACGCAGGCUCUCAGGCUCACCUCAAAUGGCACCACCUUCUCACACACAAACUCACCUUGGAUGAUGCGAAAUCAAGCGAGCAGUCUGAGGCGGAGGGUGAAGAGAGUAAGCAGAGGGCGAGAGCGGCUGAGCGAGGCACUGAAAGUGAGGAGGAGGCGGGUGAUCGUGAUGAUCAUGGUGGUGAUGAUGAUGAUGAUGGUGGUGGUGGAGGAGGAGGAGGUGCUGAAAAGAGCGAGCCGGAUGACCUGGACCUGCUGGUGGAGCUGAGCAGCUCUGAGGACGAUACUAGUGAGAGCCAUGAAAGACCUGAUGCUCCCAAAGAUGGGAAGGAAGAAAUCACUGAGAAGGAACCAGGUGACUUCUUUCUGCUGCUGGACACCAGCUCAGAGAGUGAGGCUGCAGAAGCAGAAGCCACUGAGUCGCAGUCGACGCCUAAAAAACGCAAGAAGAUCCGCAAAAUAAUGGAGGACGAGAAUCUUCGAGCGGAGACGCAGGAAGCGCUGAGGGAGGAGGAGGAGAGAUGCAAGCGGCUGUCCAACAGAGAGAUGGAGAUGGAGGAGCUAAGAGAGUCCCAGAUCAUCGAGGAUGAGAACUCGCAAGUGGCCUGCCCCAUCACCACCAAGCUGGUCCUGGAUCAGGACCCUCGGACCAAGGCUCCUCUGGUUCAGGUGCACAGGGACCUGGUGACCAUGUUGAAGCCUCACCAGGUGGACGGAGUGCAGUUCAUCUGGGAUAGCUGCUGCGAGUCGGUGGAGAAGUCCAACUCCUCCCCAGGAUCUGGAUGCAUAGUUGCCCACUGCAUGGGGCUGGGCAAGAGCCUUCAGGUGGUGACCUUCCUCAACACGGUGCUGCUGUCAAAAAGCCUGAAUUUCCAGAGCGCCCUGGUCGUGUGUCCCCUCAACACCGUCCUGAACUGGGUCAACGAGUUCAAGAAGUGGCAGAAGACCUUAGGAGAAGACAAAGUCAAGGUGAGUGGCUCUGAAACGGGGAAGGAGGGUGAGAUGGUGACGCGGCCUCUCCUGCAGGUGUCUCAGCUCGCCACCAGAAAGUCUCCAGCGGAGCGUCUCCAAGCUCUGCGCUGCUGGAAGAAGGACGGCGGGGUGAUGGUCAUGGGCUACGAGAUGUACCGCAACCUGGCUUUGCAGAAGAGCCUGGCCAGCCAGCAGAAGAAGCUGAUCCACGGCAUCCUCGUCAACCCAGGUCCCGACUUUGUGGUGUGUGAUGAAGGACACAUCCUGCGCAACGAGUCCUCCAAUGUCUCCAAAGCUCUGAGCGCCAUCAAGACCCAGCGCAGGAUCGUGCUGACGGGGACGCCGCUGCAGAACAACCUGGUGGAGUAUCACUGCAUGGUGAGCUUCAUCAAGAAGAACCUUCUGGGCUCGCUCAAGGAGUUCCGAAACCGCUUCAUCAACCCCAUCCAGAACGGCCAGUGCGCCGACUCCACGCCCAGGGACGUGCGCGUCAUGAAGAAGCGGGCGCACGUGCUGUACUCCAUGCUAAGUGGCUGUGUGCAGAGGAAGGAUUAUUCCGAGCUCAGCCAGUUUCUACCCCCGAAGCACGAGUACGUGGUGGCCGUGCGAGUCACACCCCUCCAGUGCAAACUGUACCGCUACUAUCUGGACCACAUGGUCGAAGCGGAUUCUGUGGAUCCAUUACUCAAAACAAGGACUGCAGCGAACCUCUUCCAGGACUUCCAUGUGCUGAGCCAGAUCUGGACUCACCCCUGGUGCCUCCAGCUCAGCUACAUGAAGAAGCAGAAGGGUCCAGUGGCUCCCGCCGGCCGCGUAGAGCCAGGUGCAGCUCGCAGUGACGUGGACGCAGCAGCAGGCUCCAGCAGCUCCACGCCCAAGAUGGACCGAGGCUGGUUCAAACACCUGCUGAGCAGCACCGACGCCCAGGUGCUGGAGCAUUCUGGGAAGAUGGUGCUGCUCUUCAAGGUUCUGAAGAUGGCGGAGGACAUCAACGACAAAGUGUUGGUCUUCAGCCAGUCACUGAUCUCGCUGAACCUCAUCGAGGAGUUUCUCCGAGCGUCUCACCGGGCCCGGGGCUCCUCAGCAGGGAGAGGUAGAGUCCGGCCCAGUCCCCCGGGAGCCACCCGCUCUCAACCAUGUCCGCAUGUUGCAGAGGGCAGCUGGGUCAAGAACCAGGACUACUAUCGGCUGGACGGCAGCGUGAUCCCGGCGCUGAGGAAGAAAUGGGCCGACCAGUUCAACAACCCAGCCAACACCCGAGGGAGGUUGUUCCUCAUCUCCACCAGAGCCGGCUCCCUGGGCAUCAAUCUGGUGUCGGCCAACCGGGUUGUCGUCUUCGACGCCUCCUGGAACCCGUCCUAUGACGUGCAGAGCAUCUACAGAGUUUACCGCUUCGGCCAGCUGAAGCCCGUCUUCGUGUACCGCUUCCUGGCCCAGGGCACCAUGGAGGAGAAGAUCUACGACCGGCAGGUGACCAAGCAGUCGCUGUCGUACCGCGUGGUGGACCAGCAGCAGAUCCAGAGGCACUUCACUCUGUCGGAGCUGACCGAGCUCUACACCUUCCAGCCAGACCUGCUGGACAAGCCCGAGUCCAAGAGCAAGAAGAGGAAGACCCUGGCCCCCCCGAAGGACGAGCUGCUAAAGAUUCUGCUGGAGACCUGCGGCGAGCAGAUUGUCAGCUACCAUGAGCACGAGUCCCUGCUGGACCACAAGGAGGACGAGGAGCUGAGCGAGUCGGAGCGCAAGGCCGCCUGGGCCGAGUACCAGGCCGAGAACACCAAGCGGACGGCGCCGGUCGUGGUCAGCCAGAGCAGCCUGGAUGAGAAGAGCAACGAGGAGCUGCUGAUCCUCCUCAACAAGAGCCGCACCAACGUGUCCGUGGCCUUCACCAUGCUGCAGAAGAGCCGCUCCUUCCCGCUGGACGACUACAUGCUGAGACUGCACCAGCAGUACCCCACCCUGAAGAGGGAGGAGCUGCAGGCCAGGGCGGAGGAGUGGAAGGUCUGCGACGAGAGAGAGCAGGAGCGCAGGAAGGCAAUGUACCGAGACAUCCUGACCAAGCAGCAGUCGCUCACGCUGCACAUCCAGAUGCUGCUCAGCAAGCGGCGGAACCUGGGCCUGCUGCCGUCCACGUCCCACCAGUCCGGCUCCACCUGAGGCGGAGGUCACCACCGUCUGUUCUUCCACACACUCGCGCCUUCGCCGCCCUCAGUUCACUUCCAGUUAGUUCCAGACUGAGUCUUGUCACAGUUUACACUCGGUUCCACUCGACAAGCGCGCGCCUCCCGAGUGGUUACAGACACGGAGCACAGCUGUUUCCUCCUGAGGACACGAGUCCCCACUCGGCGGCUGCUCAUUAGCUGAAGCAAACGGCCGCGGGAGGCUCAGCUGUCACGCUGCCGUGCGGACACACUCCAGCGCCCCCCAGUGGCUCACUGGGCAAUAUUUCAAGAUAAUUUAAUGAAAAUUUACAGCUGUGGCAAACAAACAAUAAAAAAACACUUGUGUAA